GCCCAGGACCCCCCCCUCCCCCAACCCACGGACUCGCCAGCUCUUCUCUCCGACCAUGGGCCCUGCCGAUCGACCCACGUUGAGAUCGCCACCGUCGCCGCCACCUCCUCCAUCGCCGCCGUCGCCGCUGCUACUGCUGCUGCCCCUGCUGCCUCUGUGGCUGGGCCUGGCGGGGCCCGGGGCCGCGGCGGACGGCAGCGAGCCGGCGGCCCGGGCGGGACGGGGCGGAGCCCGCGCCGUGCGAGUAGACGUGAAGCUGCCGCGGCAAGACGCCCUGGUUUUGGAGGGUGUCAGGAUAGGUCCUGAAGCCGGUCCCGAGCCGCUGCUGGGCGGUCGCUUGCUGCUGAUGGAUGUCGUGGAUGCUGAACAAGAGAUACCUGUAGACAGCUGGAUUGCAGUGGCAUAUGUGGGCAAAGAGCAGGCCGCCCAGUUCCACCAGGACAAUCAAGGCAGUGGCCGGAAGGCAUAUCCCAAGGCCCUGGUCCAGCAGAUGCGCCGUGCCCUCUUCCUGGGAGCCUCGGCCCUGCUUCUCCUCAUCCUAAACCAUAGUGUGGUCCGAGAGUUGGACAUCUCCCAGCUUCUGCUCAGGCCAGUAAUUGUCCUCCAUUAUUCCUCCAAUGUCACCAAGCUGCUGGAGGCACUUCUGCAGAGGACCCAGGCUACUGCUGAGAUCACCAGUAGAGAGUCCCUGUCUGCCAACAUCGAGUGGAAGCUGACAUUGUGGACUACCUGUGGCCUCUCCAAGGACAGCUAUGGCGGCUGGCAGGACCUGGUGUGCCUGGGAGGUGGUCAGGCCCAGGAGCAGAAGCCCCUGCAGCAGCUAUGGAACGCCAUCUUGCUUGUGGCCAUGCUCUUGUGCACAGGCCUUGUGGUUCAGGCCCAGCGGCAGGCAUCAAGACAAAACCAGCAGGAUCCUGGAGGCCAGGGGGAUUUGUUCAAACGCCGUGUGGUUCGGAGACUAGCAUCCCUCAAGACCCGGCGCUGCCGGCUGAGCAGAGCAGCACACAGCCUUCCAGAGCCUGGCACUGAGACUUGUGCUGUGUGUCUAGACAACUUCUGUAACAAGCAGUGGCUCCGGGUAUUGCCCUGCAAGCAUGAGUUCCACCGAGACUGCGUGGACCCCUGGCUGAUGCUACAGCAGACCUGCCCACUGUGCAAGUUCAAUGUCCUGGGGAACCACUACUCAGAUGACUAACUGCCCAAGUGGAGAGUCUGCACUUUGGGAUGGACUCUUCCCAGCCUCCACUACAGGAUAGUGGGUUGGACAGACCAGCUAGCCCUGUGGGCAAAGUCAAGGCCUCACCGUACCCAUGAUGGGUUGGAGGGACUUACAGCCCCGGGCUGAAGACACAGAGCCAGGACCCAACAGGCAAGGAGAAAUAUUAGAGCCCUUCUCUGCAACCCUGGGAUAUCUGUGUCUGUCCUUAUAGGCAGCUCCCAGGACUCUGGGGAAAGAAAACAUGGCCACUACAUCUGUCUCCAGCUUCUGGGGCUUCUGUGAUUGAAUUUUAUGCUAUUUAUUGGGAAUAGAUUGAUGGAAAAGAUUUGUGGCCAUGGGACCCACUGGCAUGGCCCCAUCUUUGAGGCUAUUGCCUAGUCAAAUCAAAAGUAUAACGUUCAAAUGAGCCUCCUCCACUACCUGCUGCCUGUCCAGCCAGAUGACUCCAGUCUGGCUGGGAUCAGAGGCCUUAGAAACCAUCUAGUGCUGUAUUUCUUGGUUGAGCUAAAUGUCACUGACCAGGAUACUUGAAGCCACAGAAUAUAUGUGGUGCAUCUGCCAAGGGCGUCAUUUGAAAAAAAACAUUUGGGUAGGGAAGUUUUAAUAGUAAAAUAAACAUGGAAUAUAUUUUAACAUAA